UCAAUCUGGUUUCAACAGCUACAGGUUCAGUCUGGCGAGUCCUCCUCCCCGUCCCUCUCCGACCACUGCGGCAGCCAUGGCCGCCGCCGCCGCCGAGGUCGGGCCGAUGAUGGAGAAGGUGGCGCUGGAGUGCGGCGGCGACAUCUCGGCGUCCCAGGAGGACAUCCUCGCCAACUCCCCCUUCCUCGGCGCCGCCAACGCCCCCUCCGCCUCCGCCUCAGCCUCGCAAGCGCGGGGGGCCGAGGACGAGGACGACGAGGAGGUCUUCGCCACCCCUCCCGAGCUCCCCCAGCAAGAGCCCAUCACCAUGUGCAGCCUCCCCUUCACCCCCAGCCCCUCCCAGCCCCACUCGCCCUCGCCGCCUCCCUCCGACGACGACGACGCCGCCAGACCUCGCCGGAAGCCUAGGGUUUGCACCAGGAAGGUCAGGGGCGCCAAGUUCAGCACCCCGGCCCCGGCCCCGACCCCAACCCCGAGCCCCAAGCAACAGCCAGAGCAACCACCCCGUGCCAUCGUCGAUCCUCUCUACAGGGCGAUGCUCAUGAUCCCCACCGCCACCGCCGCCGGCGCCGCCGCCAGCAAGCAGGAUCCCUUGGAGGACUUCCUCGCGCUCGCCCGCCAGCGCGGCAUCUUCUAGCCACCCACCCAUAUCCAUUGCCGGCAGUGCAGGGCAGGGGUGCAUUCUCCUCCGUUUGGACCUGCAAUGUCGCCGGGCCGCCUUGGAACUUGAUACCAUCUGUCAUUCGGUGAUGCUGUCAUCAAAUGGAAAAGCCCGGUGGCGCCUUUUCCAUGAUUGAUAGGUAGAUAGCCGUGAGAAUUGUGCCGGUGGUAGUAGUUAUAUCGCUUAGCGAACUUCAGUCAUGCUGUCAGUGUUUCUUAUGCUUCGCCGUUUUGGGGGUUCAGUGCCAUGGCCAAGCACCAGGAUUCAGUCAUGCCUACGAAGACAUAUAUGUAGAUAGAUACUAGAUUACAGCAAUUCCAAACUUCCUAUGUCAA